GCGGCGCGUCGGCGGUGCCAGCAUGAAGUCGCUAAUCUUGAGCCGCUUCUUGGUGCUGCUGCCCUGGGUGCUGCUGGUGAUCCUCAUGCUCGACACGGACGGCGGCAACCGGACGCCCCGUCCGUCGACCCGUCUCGCCCGGCGGCCGCCGCCUCCGCUACACGAGGAGGCGCCUAGGUGGCCGGAGGCCGAGCUGCAGCAGCUGCCUCUCAUUUAUGCCAUCACGCCGACCUACAGCCGGCCGGUCCAGAAAGCGGAGCUCACGCGGCUGGCCAACACCUUCCGGCAGGUGGCGCGCUUGCACUGGAUCCUAGUGGAGGACUCGGCGAUCGGCACUGAACUGGUCAGCCGCUUCGCAGCGGGGCUCGACCGAGGGGGCGGCCCGCCGUGCACCCACCUGCACGUGCUCACGCCGCGCAGGUACAAGCGCCCGGGGCAGCCGAGGGCCACGGAACAGCGGAACGCAGGCUUAGCUUGGAUCCGUCAGCGGCACCAGCAUUUGCCCGCCCCGCAGCCGGGGGUGCUUUUCUUCGCCGACGAUGACAACACUUAUAGCCUGGAGCUCUUUGAGGAGAUGCGUACCACUCGCAAAGUCUCUGUGUGGCCUGUGGGGCUGGUGGGGGGACGACGCUAUGAGCGCCCAAUUGUGGAAAAAGGCAAGGUUGUUGGCUGGUACACUGGUUGGCGGGCAGGUCGGCCUUUUGCCAUUGAUAUGGCAGGGUUUGCUGUCAGCCUUCAGGUGAUUUUAUCCAACCCUAAAGCUGUAUUUAGACGCCAUGGCUCACAACCUGGGAUGCAGGAAUCUGACUUUCUGAGACAGAUUACCACAAUGGAGGAACUGGAGCCCAAAGCCAGCAACUGCACAAAGGUUCUUGUAUGGCAUACUAGGACAGAAAAGGUAAAUCUAGCUAAUGAGCCAAAGUAUCACCUGGACAAUAUCAGAAUUGAAGUGUGAUCUGUCAGCAUAAAUGGGACAUACCAUAAUUAAUGGAUGCGCCAGACAUGCUUACCAUAUUCAGACUGUACAGAUUGCUGUUGUACAACUACAGCUUCUAGCAGCCUCAUGGAAGACUACUGGCAGAUAGCUGAAGAUGUAUCUACUUAGGCUUCACUAACUUUGCAUGCAUUUCUCUGUACUGCUUUAAUUUUCUAACUGUUCACAUUUCCUUUACACAUGUUCAGUGAAGAGGUGGUAAUGCACUGAAAAGUUACUAGUCUAAAAAAAUGA